AUGUCCUACUACGAAAACCCUCAGUGGCCCACUCCGAGCCAGAACAACUGGGAGCAUCAGCAGGGAACUACAACUCCUGCUCGCGCUGGUGUCAGUGGUCCCCAGCCUCAGGAUGACUUUGCCUUCUCCUACCAAUUCGAUGAGGUCGACCGUGCCUUCGAGAACCUUCAGAAGUCUGGCAAGGGCUACGCGAUGGGAGCCCGACGUAAGCCAACUCCGAAAGCCUCGCUGCGUAGUGGUGCCCCAAUAUUUCCUGAUGGCCGAGUUUCCCACAGUGGUGGACCUCGUUCGCACCCCAUGAACAAUUUCGACGGACCUCAGGGCGCACAAGGCCCUCAAGGUCACAACCUCCACAACUUCUACGCUUCACAGCGUCACCAGCCAUCUCGAGGCUCCAACGAGGCAGAGCAGGUCAUGCAGGCUAAGAGGAGAAUGGCGGCUCAGCGGGAGCGCGAGCUGCGAAACCUGCACACUGAGCAGCAGUACCAACGAAAUGUCCUGACCGACGGACCCCAGCAGCACAGCAACGCUGGCCCCCCCGUCAACAGCAGCACCAGCAACAACAACAACAACAACAACAACAACGCCAAACACAUGUCAGAGGAAGAGACUCGCGAGCUCAUUGCUCGUCAGCGCAGUGCCUUGUAUGGCGAGGGCCCCUUCGCUGAUAAGACGAGCUAUGUUGACGAAUCCGGCAACAUUCGCCCUGGCGUCCCGGGUCAGAGCGGCCCGUCAAGCAUUCGUGGCCCGUCCCCUCUGGCUUUUGAUACCAUGGGCCGCACUCCCUCUGGAGAGGUUGCCACUCCGGGCUCUGUCAGCGAUCACAACGCUGCCACUGCCGACCCAAGCCCCAGGCCUCAGAGCACAAGUAGCCCCCAGAGCUCCGGACCAACAAACAAGGCGUUCGACAAUGCCAUCGGCCCUCAAAGCCGUACAAGCACGUCCAGUCCCACUGGUGGUUCGCCUCCUCGCGACUUUGCACCUGGCUCCAAGCCUGGUCAAACUGGCCCUGCGGUUGCACCGAUUGGCACUCGUCCUUCUGGCACGCCCUCGACAUCCGCGUCCGGGAAACGUUCUACUACCCCCCUGGCCUCAUCCGGCGGCUGGGGUCGUGGAAAUGGAGUUUGGGGGCAGUCUUCUGGCCUGGGAGCUCAAGCCAGCGUUUGGGGUUAA